AUGAAGAAUAUGUCAGUAUGUGCAAGGAGUGUUACAGUGUCGACAUGUGUUCCACUGUGGAAGAACAUGUGCCAGUGUACAAAAUUAGCGUUAUUAAACAAGAAGAUUUUUAAAAGUGAGGUGGAAUAUUAUGGUCAUAUUAUUGAUAAAAAUGGAUUGAAUAAUAGUGAUAGAAAAGUAGAACCUGUGCAGAGAACCACAAAGCCAACGACCCAAACUCAGAUCUUGUCACUUUGUGGUCCUCUGUAUUCAUGCACCAACACAACAAAUUUUGAAAGGAAUGCAAAAUGUGACAAAGCAUUCAAAGAAGCUAAGCGUAUGUUGCUGUCACACGAAAUUUUUUGUCAUUAUGAACCAUCAUUGCCACUAGUUUUAGCUUGUGACGCUGCUGAGUCAGGCAUGGGUGCAUACCCAUAA